GCAUCGCCAAAUCCAACGCUCGCUGGACCCCCGAGCAUCAAUUGCGCGAGACAACACACAUACAGCAAUCACGAUGCUCGCACGACACGCACCUGCCUCAUCGGCGCUCAGCGCGGCCGCCCACCGAACGCUGCCCGCGGCUUCGGCAGCUACUCGCCUUUCGGCCGCUGCCCCCCAGAACCGCACACAGAAGAGGACGCUCGCGACGGUCCAGGAUGCGCCACCAAAGAGGACAUACGGCGGCUUGAAGGACCAGGACAGGAUCUUCCAGAACUUGUACGGACACCACGGUGCGGAUCUGAAGAGCGCGCAGAAGUACGGUGAUUGGCACAAGACGAAGGAGAUCCUUCUCAAGGGUCACGAAUGGAUCAUCUCUGAGAUCAAGGCUUCUGGUCUCCGUGGCCGAGGUGGUGCUGGUUUCCCCUCUGGUCUGAAAUGGUCAUUCAUGAACUUCAAGGAUUGGGACAAGGACAGCAAGCCCCGCUAUCUGGUCGUCAACGCCGAUGAGGGUGAGCCCGGAACCUGCAAGGACCGCGAGAUUAUGCGCAAGGACCCCCACAAGCUCAUUGAAGGCUGUCUCGUUGCUGGUCGUGCCAUGAACGCUACCGCUGCCUACAUCUACAUUCGAGGAGAAUUCUACCACGAGGCUACCGUGCUCCAGCGCGCCAUCCAGGAGGCAUAUCAAGCCGGUCUUAUCGGCAAGAACGCCUGCGGUUCCGGAUACGACUUUGAUGUCUACAUUCACCGAGGAAUGGGCGCCUACGUCUGUGGUGAGGAGACCUCCCUCAUCGAGUCGCUAGAGGGCAAGCCCGGAAAGCCUCGCUUGAAGCCUCCGUUCCCUGCUGCUGUCGGUCUGUUCGGAUGCCCUUCCACUGUCGCCAACGUCGAGACUAUCGCUGUCGCACCCACAAUCUGCCGACGAGGAGGUAGCUGGUUUGCCGGCUUCGGUCGUGAGCGCAACCAGGGUACCAAGCUGUUCGCUAUCUCCGGUCACGUCAACCACCCUUGCACUGUAGAGGAGGAGAUGUCCAUCCCUCUCCGCGAGCUCAUCGACAAGCACUGCGGUGGUGUCCGUGGUGGUUGGGAUAACCUGAAGGCUAUCAUUCCCGGUGGCUCUUCCACUCCCGUUCUACCCAAGCACAUCUGCGACGACCAACUCAUGGACUUUGACGCGCUCAAGGACUCACAGUCUGGUUUCGGUACCGCCGCUGUCAUCGUCAUGGAUCAGUCCACAGAUAUCGUCCGCGCCAUCACCCGUCUUGCCAAGUUCUACCACCACGAGUCCUGCGGUCAGUGCACACCAUGCCGUGAGGGAUCAAAGUGGACUCACCAGAUCAUGGACCGCUUCUCCAAGGGCCAGGGUCGUGAGCGUGAGAUCGACAUGCUCCAGGAGUUGACCAAGCAGGUCGAGGGUCACACCAUCUGCGCGCUGGGUGAGGCGUUCGCAUGGCCGCUGCAGGGUCUCAUUAGGCAUUUCAGGCCAGAGCUUGAGGCCAGGAUGAAGGACUACGGAUUGAAGAACGGCGGUGAGGCGUUGGCAGGUGGAUGGGCACACGAUGCCGCCAAGAAGGGUCUUCUUGUCUCGCCUGGGCAGUAGAGGAAGAGCUGGGAGAUUUGUACUUUGCAUUUUCCAUGUUUGAACUUUGAUUUCGGCGUGCAUUUACUUUGAAGAGCUGAGCUGUAAAUAGUU